CCCUGAGGAUGAUGUUUUCGAGGACAAGGUAGCUAAGUCCAUGUCUCCAAUAGCUCGUUCUUUCUACUCAACGGCGCGCUGUAGUACUGUGUGGGGUCUCUCGGGUGCCUCGAGCCUCUCAAUUGAUGCGCUCCAUGAACAGUACCAGACCCGAGCGAGUGGCGGUACUAGCGACCACAUAUGGAGAGAACGUGUCGCCUUUACAUGUUCGAUGGCCGAUACAUUCGAUUCGAGUUGAAUAGUUUUGGUGCGCUUUAUGCCUCAGCGAAGGAACGGUCGUCAAUGCGUUUACGAGAAAGCUGUUUGCUGCUGGAACCAGGCAGUAUUGUCCACGUGUUACAAAACUGUCUUUAUUCAGUGGUUGCGAAUUCGUGGCUGUUUUCUGAGACCACGAACAACGCCAGAAGCUUCGUGAUCUCUUUGAUUGACGCGGAGUUCGUUUCCACACGGAAUGGGCCUAGCUGGCCGUCACCAUAAAUCUAACCUAUUCAGCCGGCUUGCAGCUGACGCGAGAUGGCUUCAGCACUCCAUCACUUCGCUUCAUGCCUCCAAAGGCCAGCCACAUACUUUUGGUCCCUCGGAGCUCGUCAAAUCACUGACAUGAGAAAGAACCCGAAGCUGGUUUCUUUGGCAGUCAAAUCUGGGCUCGCAGCCACUCUGUCUGCCGUGGUUUGCGCUCUUGAGGAUCCCAUUCCAGACCUGACAGAGAUUGGAAUAUGGGCUGUCGUGACUGUGGACCUGGUGUUCGAAUCCACCGUCGGAUCGUCACUCGGCAAAGGCAUCAACAGAACAGCUGGUACCCUUUUGGCAGCACUUCUUGCGUUGGGUGUCAAUCACGUCACGCCUCACCUUGGCUCUUUGAAACCUCUUUUCUUGGCGAUACUUGUGUUUUGGGGAAGUGUCAUUCCGACAUACUACAGAUACAGACCACCAUUCAAGGAUACGUAAGUUUUUUUCCUUCCAUAUUGAAGGCAAUUACCAUGAUUCGAUGAUCUGACAGUGGCUUGGUGCAGGUGGAGCUAUUCCUUUCUCAUGAUGUCCCUCACCUUCCACAUCUUGAUACUAUCUGGUUACCGCCACGAGGAGAAGUUUUAUCACCCCGUGGCACGGUUGGUGAUGAUCAUUCUGGGCUUCACAUGUGUUGGUGUAGUUCACGUCUUCAUACUGCCUGCAUACUCUGGAGACCUCCUCCACAAUCUUGUGGUCAGUAGACUGAAGUCUGUUGCAGCCGAGCUGAACAGGUGUAGGGACUGCUGUGUUCUGGAGGGCACGUGCACAGACAGUGUCAACGAGGCUUGCAGCAGCAUCUUAUUUUGCCAAGCUGAAGUAGACAAGCACCUUUCGGCUAUUAAAUUUGAGCUACCACAUGGGAAGUUUUUCCAUGGAUACCCCUGGAAGGCGUAUGGUCAAGUUCUGAGCAGCCUUCAGAGUUUAGCUCUUACUGUUAUGACCAUAGAGUCAAGUUCGCUUGCUGCUCUUGAAGGCUCUUCCUCACUGAGGCAGGAUGUGGUGCAAGAGAUGAGGGAUUUCCUGCAUGAGUGUGGAAGAAUUAUUUUGAUGCUGGCUGCAUCCCUGGAGAGCUUCAGCUGGGAAGGGAGACCAUCAAUGACUCUUCUAGAGUCCAUCAAUGACUUGCUGAAGGAGGAGGCUGUAAACCACAUGCAACCGUAUUUGCAUCCCAACACAGCAGCAAAACUUCAACUUCCAGCUGUUUCUUCAUGCUCUUGCGCACGUCAAAGCAUCAUGAGCCCUACUGAAUGGAUUUCGGAUUUGAAGCUGAUGGAUGGUUUACUCUCUCCACGAUUUGACAUUCGCAUGGGAAAUCUGCGGCAGGCCAGGGAUGUUGACUCUCCCGAAACUUUUUGUUGUCCGACAGCUGCAUGCACUUCAGCCGUGGAUUAUGAUGACUAUGCUUCAGCUGCUCUUCCUUUCCUACGAGCUCUGCUGAAUGUGCUCGAAGUCUUGCCCAGACUUUUCCACUUGAUUGAUGCAGUUGAGGUUGUGGCUAGUAGGGGGAGGUUUCGUCCAGCCGAGAAGAAGGAAGGUGCUGUUUUUUUAAUAUAAUAUUGUAUACACAUGGCUUCGCAUAAGCUUGACUUCAUGUCAGAUUAUGUAAAACACACGUGUUUCUCUAACAACAG